AUGCAGCAGAUCACACUAUGCCACUGGGAUGAAGAGGUUGUGAACAAGCUCUCAACCACGAAAACAGGACCUGGGAUUGGGCGUUCUCCAAGUGGGGGAGCACUCCUUUCAAGUGCAAAAUGCUUCUCAGUUUACUACAAGGAGAAACUUCUGCCAUCUGGAAAGUCUGGGCCAAAAGAACUAAGGGGUUCUGGGGGAUCCCCGGGAAGGCUCCUCUGCACACUUUGUGCCUCCUCUGGAUCAUGCCUCACACGGAUCCCUCUUCUCUCACACAUCUGCCCUUCUCUCCACAGCCCCGCCUUCUCUUGGAGGAAUGUAGCUCUCCUGCUGCUUCUCCCUCUCUCUUUGGAGCAGACUUCUGCAUCGCAGUCCAACAAGAUCAAAGUGAAACCUGGAGAGUGCCCCAGAGAGCGGCUCUUCUGUGACGUCAUGAGGCCGGAUUUAUGCAAAUCGGAUUUCAACUGCCCAGAUUACAUGAAGUGCUGCACUUUUGCCUGUGGGAGGAAGUGCAUGGAUCCAUAUGAAGAACCCUGCAUGCUACCCUUUAAAGAAGGAGACUGCAGGAUGAGACUGCAGCGUUGGUAUUAUGACUUUAAAAAACAGGAGUGUAGAACCUUUAUCUAUCAUGGCUGCCAAGGGAACGCCAACAACUUCCUCAGGCUGGAUGACUGCAAGAAGGCCUGCAUGUUAAUUGUCAAGAAAGGACAGUGCCCACUCUUCCCUUACACCUCUCGAAUGGAGUGUCCAAAGCCAUGUAAGAAUGACAUGGAUUGCCUGAUGACAGAAAAAUGCUGUGACUCCAGGUGUGGUUUUGUUUGUGCCAACCUCUGGCAAGUCAAACCAGGUUUUUGCCCACGUAUGCCUCAGAUGUGUAAAAAGAUUAGUAAACCAAUGUGCCUUCAGGAUAGCGAUUGCCCAGAGGGGGAGAAGUGCUGUUCACGCUGUGGACUGAUGUGCUUGGCACCCUGGAAAUGAACAGUAAGUGGAAAAUAUUCUCAUGGGAAGAGUAAUUAUGAAUAAGCGUAAUGAAGAGCUCUUUUGUUGGUCUUGGGCUAACUACCUUACCAGAUUGUUAUUAAGGGUAACAGUAUUUAUAGGGUUAUUCUAUGUAUCCUACCAUGUAGGGUUUUUAUAUAUAAUAAAUUUAUAUACAAUCAUAUCAUCGUAAAAUAAUGAUAAACUUGGCUCUUCUUUUCUCCAACUUCAUGGCUUUGUUAUCUUGUCUUCUAUUGAGUAGAACUUCUAAAAUAAUCUUGAAAAUGAAGGCAGUGAGGGCCUGAGGUACAGCUCCAUAGCAGAGCAUGUAGUUAGCAUGCCCAAGGUCCUGCCAUCAAUUCCACCACCAAAAAAAUAAAAAUAAAUCAAUAGUGUCUAGUUCCUUAUUUUAAAGUCAGUGGCUACUGGUGGUGGUGGUGGUGGUGGGGUGUGUGUGUGUGUGAAAGAUAAAUAGUUUUUUAUGGCACUUAUUUCCUUUUUUAAGGUUUUUUCUUCUCCAUUUUCAGCUGCUACUAGAAAUGACUGCUGAAUUUUAUCAAAUACCUUUCAAGCAUCUGCUCAUAUAAUGACUGUUCUCUUCUAAUUUGUUGGCAUAACAACUUAUUAAAUUGUCAUAUGUUGAACCAUCUUGCAUUCUUAGAAUGACUUUAAUCAUAUUGCUAGUAUAUUUACAUUCAUUUACUGUGGCUUUUUUGGCAAAGAGUUUGUUUAAAAUUUUCACUUCUAGAGUCAAAUUAAAGUAAAUGUUUGUUUGUUUGUU